CAAAUGGCUGCCAAGUGUGACGUCAGUGCAGGCAACACAAAAUGGCGGACACCGAGCUGAACAUCGAUAAAGUGAUUUCGACGCUUUUAGAGGUUAGGGGUUGCAAGCCCGGAAAGACAGUGCAAUUAACAGAAUCAGAAGUCAGAGGAUUGUGUCUGAAAGCUCGUGAAAUAUUUUUAAGUCAACCGAUCCUUCUCGAGUUGGAAGCUCCUUUAAAAAUAUGCGGUGAUAUUCAUGGACAGUACACAGAUCUUCUUAGACUUUUUGAAUAUGGUGGUUUCCCACCAGAAGCAAACUACCUCUUCCUUGGAGAUUAUGUAGAUAGAGGCAAACAGUCAUUAGAAAGUAUCUGCCUUCUCUUGGCUUACAAAAUAAAAUAUCCUGAGAAUUUCUUCUUGUUGAGAGGGAACCAUGAAUGUGCUAGUAUCAAUCGAAUUUAUGGCUUCUAUGAUGAAUGUAAAAGGCGUUACACAAUUAAAUUGUGGAAAACUUUCACAGAUUGUUUCAACUGUUUGCCCAUAGCAGCUAUAGUAGAUGAAAAAAUCUUCUGUUGUCAUGGAGGUUUAUCACCAGACCUGCAGUCAAUGGAACAGAUACGGCGUAUUAUGAGGCCUACAGAUGUGCCAGAUACAGGGUUGCUGUGUGAUCUUUUAUGGUCAGAUCCUGACAAGGAUGUACAGGGAUGGGGUGAAAACGAUCGCGGUGUGUCUUUCACAUUUGGUGCCGAUAUUGUCAGUAAAUUCCUAAACAGGCACGACUUAGACUUGAUAUGUAGAGCCCAUCAGGUUGUAGAGGAUGGUUAUGAAUUCUUUGCCAAAAGACAGCUGGUCACUCUAUUCUCAGCACCCAAUUACUGUGGUGAAUUUGAUAACGCAGGUGGCAUGAUGAGUGUAGAUGAAACACUUAUGUGCUCAUUCCAGAUUCUUAAACCAUCAGAGAAAAAAGCGAAAUAUCAGUAUGGCGGUCUCAAUUCCGGUCGUCCAGUUACUCCACCGCGUGGCCCAAUGAAGAAGAAGUAAACCGUGUAUAUUUAUAAGAUUGGUGUAGUAAUCAAAUUCCAGAGCAGGACAAAAACACAUGAUUAACUGAGCACUCCUCUGUGUGAUAAAAACCUAGUUUGAAAUACCAUCUUACCAUGCAUUUAUAACAUAGCUGUAAUUAAUUUUGAACAGACAAGCACUAUAUGUAUUCAGACAUGGCAUGACUUGUGUGCAGUCUCCAUCUUGGUAAUAUCAAUCAUAACUUGUAAUGUUAUAUUAAUAUUUUUGACUGUCAUUGCCAUAUCAGAAUUACUUUCCGUUGGGAUGGUCCGCCAUUUGAAGACUUUGAAUGUAACGAUUUGACAAAUUUCGCAGUAGUAUUGCAUUUGUAGUGUGAUUGCUGUGUGUAUUUUGCUAUUAACUUGAAAAGCGUUACUUCUGUGUCAUUUGAUAAUAUCUUGUGGUUGUUGUCGUCUCUGGAAUUUUAUUUUUUAAUUUAAGGCGGGGGGGAGGGGGGAUAAUAUUUAUAGAUUUGCUGUGUUAACAUUCAUUAACAUGUAGUAUGGGUUAUGGACCCAAAUCUAUAGGAGAUUUUACUGGAUGUACCAAGUUGUCAGGUUGCUACAUGUACAAAAAUAACUGUUGGCUCUAUGACAUCACUGGUUAGCUCCAUGCAUAGAUGCUGUAUUGGGUGGGAGGGGUUGGAGUCGGGAUAAUACUAGAUCCUUUAUUAAAUCCAAUUACGUGAGUGAAACCUCUUUUCAAAGGAAAAAAUUACAACUUUGCCUGACGCAAUUAUUCUGUGAACUAGUUCAAUUGAUAAAUGGAACAAAACUGCUUGUUAAUAUGCACACUCAUUAAUAUGUUAACAAUUCUUUGAGUUUGUCGAACACUGUGACAUGCAGUAGAAAAUGCAACUAAGUUGUUGUAUUAAGUGUUUUCUUGACUACUCACAUUAUUUAAUCAAGACAUUGAAAGAAUUAUAUCAUUAUACCCAUACUGUAGUAUUACGAAAAAAAUGGUUCUCCUACAUCUUCUUGCUGUGACUUUUUUUGCGGUCUUCUUAUUUUAUAAAAAAUGGUUGUACACUUUGAAGGCAGCUGUGUAUUGGGAGGGGUAAACAUAGUCUUUCAAUUUGAGGGAUACAGAAGAGGUGUGGGUGGGUUGAGAUGUUGUCCCACCAAUAAAUUGUUGAAACCUUUUUUUUCUCAUCAAAACAUAACCUUGUUGAGUAACUCUUGAUGUAUGUUCAUGGUGUAUUUUCUGUUCAAAUUUCCAACAACGUUGCACACUUUCAAUACGCACCUGGUGAUAGUACCAAGUUGCAAUUUUUUCUGCCACUAUGGUGAUGAAGCAACUGCCAUUUUUAAGUUGUACCUUACAUGUCCAGUUUUUCUUCUUAUGACAAUUACAAAAAAACUCUUUUUGAAAAAUCUGGUCAAUACCCACACAAUAUCAACAUAAUGGUACAACUUUUAAAACGGAACAUGUUAGUGGCUGGUACAAGUGCAAUGUCCCCAAUCAAAAACUAGUGAAAGAGUCAACAAAGCACGAGUAAAACAAAUCAAGUUACUGGGUAUAUUUAUUGAAAUUCUACCACUAAUGAAUGUUGUUUGUCUUCAAUAAAGAUGCAAUCUCUGCUUAAGCCGAGAAUAAUUUCACUUGCAAUUAUAGACCGCCGCAUUGACGUCAUCUGUUUAUUUUUUUGUACAACCAGCAUGUGAAUGUCUAUUAACAACUGUCACUGGGUGAUCAGCACCAGCUCAUAAUCUGCUGUAAAUUGAUUAAUGGGGUCACACAUAUGUGUAUUUUAACAAAAGCAUCAAAUAAGUGUGACGGCCUAUACAUGGUUUGUAAUUGAUUUGUAAUGCUUGUUGCACUCUAUCACUUUCUUUUUGUCAUUACUCUCAACACUGCUUAUUAUAUUAUAAUGUAUUUUUUUUUUCAAAGCAUAAUAUUCAAAACUUUCUGAAUGUUUAGUAAAAACCUUUUUUUAUUCAUAGUUGUUACAACAGUGUGUUUCUUGGUUGUGUUCUAGAAAAAUCCUUCCCUUCUAGUUGUCUUGCAUGGCUGAUUAAAGAAAAAUGAAAGAAA